CCCUCCCCCACCUCCCCCGUCGAUUUCCCCUGCCCUUCCAUCGCCGCAUCCCCUCCCCACCCGUUACACAUUCGCUCUAGAAAACUCUAGCCCCCUUCCACCCUCUCGUGUUCUCUCCACCAUUUCGAGCGCCAAAUUCGCCAACCACCAUAAUCUCCACCUCUUAUACAACAAUAUGAAGCCCCUAAUUCAAAAAACCUAAAAUCAAAACCCCCAAAUUCAAAAAAAAACCCUAAUGAAAUUGUAAUUUGCAUGAUAAAUGAAAAUAUAUUAAAAAGGUGUUCAUAAGAAAGUUUGUCAAAUCAUAUCAGGGAGCUAUAUCUUUGAUGGGUUUGUUGCAUCACUAUGGUCUGUGGAUAGUUGGGGACCAGCCUCAGUUGCGUGCCUUUGAUGUCUAGAAGAUCUAGGAGAACAUAAAUUUGACAUGCAUACAUAUGCAGUUACCUGUGACUUAUAAGAGAGGGGAUAUGGUGAAGCUUGAUAAAUCUCCAACUCACAGUCAGCAAUCAGUAAAAUUUAGGGUCAAACCACUUAAGGGACCUUAUUUUGAGAUUGCUGAUUUUGCUGAUCAAAGUGAUGUACACAUUUCAUCUAAUGACAACAAAGAUGGAAGAGAACACUUGGCGUCGCAGUCUCCUGAGAUUCUGACUAAAACGGAGCUCAUAUCAGCAGUUGGGCAUAUAUGGGAGUGUGCUAGUCGCUCUCUUGCACGUGUCCAACCGAAAGCAAGAUUUGAGUGCUCAAGCACUCUCCGUCAAAAGGAUAAUGAUUUGCGUUAUAUGGUUCAGGACGAUAGUUCUGGCGUACUCACUUUCAUAGACAGUGGAUACUUCAAUGUUGACUUGAAAUCUUCCGGCUAUUUUUCGUGCAUCAUGCAAAAAAGUUUACAAUUUGUAAGAGCAACUCGGAGAAUGCAGUAUAACCCAUAUAAUGACCAUUUUAUUGAGAAUCUCUUUGAGCGAAGUGGAGAUGAUGGUUUCGUCAAGCAUGAUAUCUGGUUGAAGGAGAAGAGUAUUGCAAAUGUAGGAAUUCUCUACAGAUUGAUGAAUAGAUAUGGAUGGAUGAGCCAAAUUUCAGUUUCGCCAAAGCCUCGUAUGUCUGCAUCCAAUGAAGCCAAGAAGAUCGUCGAGGCCUUCACCUCCAAGGCUGCUGUCUGUUAUUUUUGUCCCGUAUCUGAAGAUGAAGUGAGUUCGAGUAAUGUAGGGACCGGGUAUCUUAAUACAUGUGAUGAUAUGACCAACUUAAAGGAUAUAAUAUCCCAUGGGGCAAGCGAUAGAGUCAAUAUGCUAAGGAAAGCAUCUAUUUCCUUUCCGUAUUCUGUUAAUCUCCUUCACAUGGUUCAGAAUAAACAUUAUGCAACGAGAAUGUCUACAGCUUUGAGUUUGGGACUUCAUCUGGAUGACAAAAUGAGCACAUUAGCUCCAGAUUGUACUCAUGAACCAAAACAACUUAAUGUUGAGGCUGAUGAUUUGUUGGAGAAUGAAAUGAGAAGAUGUGAAAAGUUGAAUCCUCAAGAUGAACUUCAAAUAGAGAGUUGUUCAUCUGUAACAAACAAAUUUCAUCCACUACUAGCUAAACAAGAGCAUGCUGUUUCAGGAGCCUUGGCUGGCAUAUUUGUUAGUCUAUGCUUACAUCCAAUUGAUACAGUUAAAACUAUUGCUCAAUCUUGUCAACCUGGGCAGAAGUCUAUUUGUUACAUAGGUCAAUCAGUACUUUCUGAGAGAGGAUUACCUGGACUAUACCGAGGAAUAGCAAGCAACAUCACCACAUCUGCACCUAUAUCUGCUAUAUACACCUUCACAUACGAAUCAAUGAAGGAAUUAUUGCUUCCUUUCCUUGCGAAGGAAUAUCACUCUGUUGCCCAUUGCACUGCAGGUGCUUGUGCAAGUAUAGCCACAUCAUUUGUGUUUACUCCCAGUGAGCGUAUAAAGCAGCAAAUGCAAGUCAAUACAAAGUAUCAGAACUGCUGGAAUGCAGUUCAGAAAAUCAUUGAGACGGGGGGUCUAACUUCUCUGUAUGCUGGCUGGGGAGCUGUACUCUGUAGGAAUAUACCACACUCAAUAAUCAAAUUCUACACAUAUGAAAGCCUGAAGCAAAAGCUCAUGUCAUCAGAACCACCUAAUAAACAACCUAACACGUCACAAACGCUGCUAUGUGGAGGGCUGGCUGGAUCUACUGCUGCUUUAUUUUCUACUCCUUUUGAUGUGGUGAAAACAAGAUUACAGACUCAGAUGCCUGAAUCUAGGGGGAGAUAUCAUGGCAUUCUGAGUGUUCUUCAAGAUAUUCGUGAUCAUGAAGGUGUUAGAGGCCUUUACAGGGGCUUGAUUCCGAGGCUUGCUAUGUACAUGUCUCAAGGAGCUUUGUUUUUUGCAUCAUAUGAAUUUCUUAAGAGUUUUUUGUCACUGGAGUUACGCCAACAUAAACCGGAGAUGUUGCAGCAUAAACAAGACAUCGAUGACGAUCCAUUAUCGCCACAAUGACUAUUGCAAGAUUAUAAACCAGUUAUUCAUUUAAUUGUAGGUUUGGCUCAAUUUUGCUUAAAUGUUUCAAGAUAGAUGUAAAUCACUACCUUAUGAAGAUCAUAUACUAGAGCGAGCUUAUGAAUGUCCAUUGACAAUUAAAAUCUUGUAUAGAUUCUGGAAGAAGUGUAAAACUCUGAGAGUAAUCCUGUACACCGGCCCAUAUACUUGAAAAGAUCAACAUUUUUUUAAUGAGAAAGUGAUUGCAUUUCAA